UCCCAAUUUAUAAAUAGCAAUUAGUCACUAAUUAUUCUUUAUCUUUUUAAUUAUUUAAAUAUUUUAUAUUGAUUUCAAUAUAAAUAAAACCCCUUCUUGUCUACUCUCCUUGUGCUCUCUCCUUCCACUUCGAUUACAGUUAGCGAGCGAGAGAGAUGGGCAAAUGCAGCAAGCUCCGGCAGAUGCUGCUGCAGCGGUGGCGCCACGCCGCAGAGGCGCCUCCGGACGUCCCGGCGGGCCAUGUGGCGGUGGUGUGCGUGGGGGCCACCUCCCGGCGGCGGUUCGUGGUGCGCGCCUCCCAUCUCAACCACCCCGCUUUCCGGCAGUUGCUCCGCCGGGCCGAGGAAGAGGAGUACGGUUCCCCUUCCUCCGGCGGCCACCCUGGCCCCCUCGCCCUCCCCUGCGACGAGGCCCUCUUCCAGCGCCUCAUCAUCCUCAUCUCCUCCUCCUCGUCUUCUUCCUCGCGGUCACAGAACUAUUGUAGCCUCGAGGGCUUCGAGGCCGUGCUUUCUAGUCCUAAUGGUUCUUCCUUCGCCGGCGACUCCCUGCCGUUGCUCCGCGACAGCUCGAGCAUUGCACACUAGAACUGAACGAAUUCUAUUCGUCUCUUCUCGUUAUUAGUAACUUUUUUUUUUAUUUUCUUUCUUUUUUUUUCUUUAGAAAACAGUUUGUCUGGCGACUGUCAUCUAGUUAAUUGAAUAAUGGAAGUAAUUAACAUUGUAAUUACCGUCA